UCUUACUUGCGUAUCAGCAACCAGUUGCGGGACCAUAAAACUGCCCUUGUGUCGUGUGUUCACAUCCUAGUCUCCACCUCCCGCAACAACGACGGAUACAACAUUUCUUAGCUGCACGACUAUAACAAUAUGCACAGCGCGAGCUGCUCGCUUUGCUGUUCAGCCGUGAUUGGUGGCGCCUUGGCCUUGUCGUGGUUGACCGGCGGCGAGCGCUCCUCUGCAACUGUCUCACAUGAAUAGAUCAUGCGCAAAUCAGGGCCCGUCAGCGAUUCAAGAGAGGCGGCAUUGGUGCACCCAGGGCAACCGGCGGAGCUCACCCGAGCCUGCGACGCUGCAGCCCCGCAACGGCAUGAGCAGGCCGCACUGGUGUUGCCUGAGGACCCCUGGGCGCUCGGCGAGCAGCCGCUCACGUCAACUGGACGCAGCGCUGCAGGCGCUACAGUGACGCCCCCGCAUGCUGGUGGCGCGCCGAGGGCUGCGCAUGCUGCUGCGAGUGAUUUAUGCAGCGGCGGCUGCGGCGGCGGUCAUGAUAGUUGUGACCGCGCGGGGACCACGCCAGGCCUGUCGCGCGCUGAAAUUAAGGCGCUGCUGAUGCGGGCGUUCCCGCCAGACUCCUGCAACCGCACAGCGGAGGAGGCCCACCGGCUGUACCGUGCAGUGGGCGCGCACCUGUACAGCGCCCCACAGCUGGCGCCGCUCGGCCCCAUGGCAGCGCUGCUGCGGGCCACGGCGGCGGGGGUGCGUGAGGCGCUGCCGCACGCGGAGAGGGAACAAGCGCGGGAUGCGCUCAGGGCACGGCUGCUGAGGGGCUGUGCACAGGGCGGCAGCGCGAAGGGCGUGUUCGUGCUGUCGUCCGUGCCGGGGGAGGGAGCAGCCAUGGCAGGACCGGCAGCAGCGGCAGCAGCGACAGGAGGCCUGGCAAAGUCGGGGGUUGACAGCCCUGAGCCUGCCGAGUUGGUGGUCCGCAUGGACUUGAGAGCUCUGCGGCAGGCGGCGUCUGCUGGCGCGGCGCCCCACACGGUGGCUGCUGCGCCCGCUUCGCCAGCGCCACCAGCCUCGCCAGCGCCGCCGGCCCUGGCACCACCACCAGCGCCGACACCGACGCCCCUGCCUGCGUCAUUUCCUUCUCGCACGGAGAUCAAAGCGCAGCUUAAGAUGGCGUUCCCGCCCGACCCCAACCGGCCCGCCAUUGACGAGGCACACCAGGUCUACUGCGCCGCCGGCAGGUACCUGGCUGUGGUCAGGUCGGAAGGGUUGUCGCUGCGUACGCUGGCGUCAUCUUUGCGUCACUGGCUGCCGGUUGCGGAGCGCUCUCAGGCGCUGCAGGUGCUGAGGUCGCGGCUGCAGAGGCGCGGCGUGGCAGCAGGCAGCCCGAGGGGCGUGUUCGUGUUCGAGCAAGUGACGCCGGCGGCAGCCGUGCCCGGACCUACAGCAUCAGCAUCAACCGCAGCCGUCGCAGCAGCGAUAGCUGGAGGAGAGGCAGCCGGGGGCUCGGAGCAGCUUGCGGCCAGCACAAUGGUCGAGGAGUGGGUACGGCUGGAUUUGCAUGCGCUGUGGCGGGCUGCGGCCGCCGCCGCCGCGCCGCCGUCAGCCGAGCAAUUGGAGGCAAAUCGCGUGUUUGACCACGUUGAUGCCGCUUUCCCGCUCGACUCCCAGGACGAGGACAGGUCAGCUUGUAUGCUGGCCUACCGCAGCGCCGCCACCUGGCUGUAUUGCGAGCACAGCGGCGAUCCCGCGCGGGCGACGCCGCUGGCAGACCUCGAGAGGGCCGUGCGCCCCACGCUGCCACAGCCCUGGCGGCACCUGCCGGCUCUGCGGAAGCAGCUGCGAUUGCCCGUGACCAGGGGCGUGUUUGUUGUUUCAAGCCUUGGUGUGGAGGGGCGUGGCGGCAGCACCACACAGCCUUGCCUGGUGCGUCUGGACUUGACAGCCCUGAGGCGGGCGGCGGACCUGGGGAGCGUGUGGGCCACAGCGCCGGCGCCUACCGCGAGUGCUGCGGCUCCGGUGGCGGCGCCUGCGGGUGCGGUGGCGGCGCCUGCGGCUGCGGUGGUAGCGCCUGCGGCUGUCGCGGCUGCGCUUGCAGCAGGUGUUGGUGCGGGAGCUGCGGCUGUGAAGCAGCUACCAGUGGCAGCUACCGGGGCGACGGCGGCGGCAGGGGCCCCCGCCAUAUGGCCGGCUUCUGCGACCGUCGAGGCCGCCGUCACGGAAGUCGAUGCGCUGCUUGCUGCCGCCUUCCCACCCAGCCCCAACACGCCCGCCGCAGAUAAGGCUCAUGCGGCGUACCGCGCUGUUGGGGCAUGGCUGGCGACCAACCCGCGGCCUGCCACAGGCCACAUGGCGGCGCUGCUUCCAGAGGUGGCGGCGGCGGUGCGGCAGCGCCUGCCUUCUGCGCUUCGCCCCUUGGCGCUGCUUAAGCUGAGCUUGAAGCGCGGCGGUCCUGCGGCUGGCGGGGCUAAGGGCGUGUUCGUGGUGACGCCAAUGCCGGCUGCGGCACCUGGCGCGGCCGGCGCGGGGAAGCAGCUGGAUCUCGUGCGGCUGGAUGUGGCAGCGCUGAGGCGGGCUGCGGGGAUGGAGGCGGCCUGCUCAACAGAUGUGGUGACUCGGACUGCCGCUUCCGGUGCCAGUGCUGCCGCUGGUGUCACAGCUGCUGGCGGCGCUGUGGCCACCAAGCAGGCGGCGCAGGCUGCGACGGAGCCUGCCACCUCUGAACCGAGGCGCUCGCAUAGCCCGGGGCAGGACCAGGGGCAGGGACAGGAACGUGUGAAGCGGGGGCUGUCAGCAGCAGCCACGCGCUCCGUCGGAUCCGGCGAUUCCGGCAGUCCCACAGCCGCUGCUCCCUCGGUUGCGCCCAAUGCUACAGCAUCCACGCCGGCAUCCACUUCCGCAUCCGUGCCGGUGCGCACAGCCCCUGCUGAGGAACCUGAGGACCUUGAGACGCUGCUCGCGGCUGCCUUCCCAGCCGACCCCGCCCACGAGGCCAUUGACGAGGCGCACGCGGCGUACCGGGCGGUCGGCUCCUACCUGGCCGGCGUCCCGCACACGGCACAGCACGGCCCGCUGGCGGCGCUCCUGUGGGACGUGGCCGCCGCGCUGCGCCCUCAGCUGCCGCCGGCGCUGCGGACGCUUACGACGCUGAAGGCGCGGCUGAUGCAGGGCGGGCGGGCGCCAGGUGGCGCUCGCGGCGUGUUCAUCAUGGGCCAGAUCGUGAUGGGAGGCGGCGGGCAGCAGGCGGGCGGCCCGGAACACUUGGAUGUCGUGCGGCUGAGCGUGGCGUCGCUGCGGCGAGCGGCGGCACCAGCAACAAAAUUGGCGGCAGCGGGUGCUGAUGCAGCGGCGGCGGAGCCUGGUGGCGGUGGUGCUGCUGGGGCACCCGCGCCGAAGGCAGGCGAGCAGCAGGCGCAGGAGCAGCAGCCGGCAGCCGUGACGGCUGCGCCAGUUGACGCCGUGGCGACUGUAUCCACUGACGCGCCCUCGGCCGCUGCAGCCUCGGGGUCGGUGUCAAAGACGGCAUCCCCCGGCGCCGCCUCCACGGACCUUGACGCGCUGCUUGCUGCCGCCUUCCCACUCAGUCCCAACACGCCCGCCACAGAUGAGGCUCAUGCGGCGUACCGCGCUGUUGGGGCAUGGCUGGCGACCAACCCGCGGCCUGCCACAGGCCACAUGGCGGCGCUGCUUCCGGAGGUGGCGGCGGCGGUGCGGCAGCGCCUGCCUCCUGCACUUCGCCCCACGGCGCUGCUUAAGCUGAGCUUGAAGCGCGGCGGUCCGUCGGCUGGUGGGGCCAAGGGCGUGUUUUCGGUGACUGCGGCUCCUGGCGCAGGCGCUACAAAGAAGCAGCGGCUGGACCUUGUGCGCCUGGACGUGGCCGCGUUGAGGCGGGCGGCGGCGGCGGCGGCGGCGAAGGAGGCGGCGGGCGCUAGCAAUGGUGCUGACGGUGGCGUCCGCCAGGCUGGCAGCGUUCAAGGCACAGAGAAGCCGCCGGGGGCUGCAACGGCACCGGCUGGAAGCUCCGGUGCGAGCGGCUCUGUCAGGUCCGCGCCCGCGGCCGUGGCGGUGGCGGCAGAAGGGCAGCCGCAGGGCCAGCAGGCGGAGCACCCGCAGCAGCAAGCCGUGUUGCCGGCCAUGCCAACUCAAGCCGCCUCCACCACGGCCACCGCCGGGCCCAUGCCUUCGUCGUCUGCAGCUGUGAAGGCGGCUGCGGUCAGGAACCUUGACGCGCUGCUUGAUGCCGCCUUCCCACCCAGUCCCAACACGCCCGCCACAGAUGAGGCUCAUGCGGCGUACCGCGCUGUUGGGGCAUGGCUGGCGACCAACCCGCGGCCUGCCACAGGCCACUUGGCGGCGCUGCUUCCAGAGGUGGCGGCGGCGGUGCGGCAGCGCCUGCCUCCCGCGCUUCGCCCCACGGCGCUGCUUAAGCUGAGCUUGAAGCGCGGCGGUCCUUCGGCUGGUGGGGCUAAGGGCGUGUUCGUGGUGACGCCAAGGCCGACUGCGGCACCUGGCGCGGCCGGUGCGGGGAAGCAGCUCGAUCUCGUGCGGCUGGAUGUGGCAGCGCUGAGGCGGGCUGCGGGGAUGGCGGCCGCACCGGCGGCAGCAGUGCCGGCAGCCGCAGCCGGACCCACGGCUAGUGGCUUGCAGUGGCAAGGGCAGCAAGUUCCGGGGACUGGAGCGGGCAGGACUGCAGCCGCCACCACCACAGUUGCUGCCGCAGGCCGGGCCGCCGCAGCCACGUCAAGUCUGCCAGCGGCGCCACGGGGCAUAUCCGCAGAGGCGGCGGCGGCAACCGACCUUGACUUGCUGCUCGCCACCGUCUUUCCGGCCUCGAAAAAGCGGUCCGUAAACGUGGCGCAUGGCAUUUACCGGGCCCUCGCGCCCUGGCUGGCGACGAAUCCACGGCCGCAGCAUGGUCUUAUGGCAGCGAUGAUGCCAGACGCUGUGGCAACAUUGCAAAGGGUGCUGCCGCGCCCUCAUCGUCCAUUGCCGCUUGCGCGCUUCCUGCGCCAGCUGGACAUGUCAAACGGCGUGUUUGUUGCCGAGCCUGCAACGGGGCCCCUGCGGCUCGGAAGCACGAGUAUCCAGCACUAUGUUGUGCGACUUGAUGUGGGGAGGCUGCGGGAGCUGGCGUCGGCAGCCGAGGCGGGUGGGGGCGCGGCGCAGCCUGCAUCCACCGCCGCCAGUACCGCCUUGCCACUCGGCCCGAAGGCGAAGACACUGGCUGCUGACAGCACGCCAUCCGCGCCCGCGCAAGCUGCACCCGAGGCGUCGGCGCCCUCCCCUGCGCCCACGCCGGCGCCCGCAUCCACCGGCCUCACGGCUGUGGCUGCCUCGGACAUCGCGGCCCUCCUGGCCGCCGCCUUUCCCAUCAGCAGCCACGGCCAGACCGCGGGAUCGGCACCUUCCGGAGCCCCUGGGCAGCGGGACGAGGCACAUGCCGCCUUUCGCACCGUCGGCGGUUGGCUAGCCACUAGCCCGCAGCCCGAGCUGGGGCAAAUGGCGGCGCAGCUGCCUGACCUGCUGGCUGCGCUGCGGCCGGCACUGCCCAGAUGGCUGCGCAUGCCAGUGCCGCUGAAGCUGCGGUUGGCGCGCAAUGACGCGCUCGGCGGCGGGCGCGGCGUAUUCGUGGUGAGCGCACUGAAGCGCACGCGGAGCGGCAGGGCUGCGGGCGCCGGCAGCGGUGUUGGAGGUGAGGCUGCGGGCGCGGGUGGUGGCGCCGGCGGCGGCAUGGUGGACGCAGUGAGGCUGGACUUGGAGAUGCUGCGAAGGGUCGCGGCGGCGACAGCAGCUGCGGAGGCGGAGACAGCGGCGCAGGUUGCCGGGCAGGGGGCCGUGGCGGAUGCAGCGCCGGCGGCACCUGACGUGCAAGCAGACGAUGCUACAGCCUCGCCGGCAGUGCAGCCGCCUUGCAAGUCAGCCGCCUCUGUCGACGCCACCGCCGCAGCGAGAGCCGACGCCGCUGCGGAUGCUGCAGCUGCUGUCGCGGCGGCGGUGGAGGAUGCUGGAGUGGCCACAGCUGCGCGCGGGAGCCAGAGCUGCGCGAGCGGCUGCAACCUCGGCAACCUUGGCAGCUCGGGUGCAGUUCCCGGUGACACCGAACAGCAGCAGAAGCGGCAGCAGCAGGCGCUACUGCGCAAGGACCUGUCCGAGCUGGUGGAUGCCGCUUUCAAGGAUCCCGCCGUGAUGUGGUGCCCCUGGGAGUGGGAGGAGGUUGGGCAGACGGACGGCCAGCCGCCGCUUGUUAUCUUGCCGGCCUACGGCGCCCAGGAUGACAUGUGCAAGGCCGCCGCACGGCGCCUGGCGGCGCGCCUCGCGGACGGCGCGCUGCCGCAGGCGCCGCUGCGCCGGCUGAUGGAGGACCUGCAGCGCUGCGAGCGGGACCUUAUGCGCGGCGUCAAGGUGGCCAGCUUGCGAGCUGCGCUGCUGGGCAUGACUGGCUGCAUCUUCACGCCUGUGACGCUGCCGCCGUCGAGCGACGGUUGGGCGGGUGGCGGCGGCGGUGAUGCUGGCGGCAAGGGCUGGGUCAGCGAGGGCGUGCGGCUGCAUGUGCGGCGUCUGGCUAUGCGGGUGUUAGAGCGUAUGGCCUGGCCUGAAGCCUCUGAAGAGCACCUACACGAUAUCACGAUGACCGCAUUCGAGGAGUCCAUGGCGCCAGUGCCCGGUGGGAGCAGCAGCCCUCAACACACGCAAGUCGCGCAAUGCAUCGGCCGCAUCCUUGCCAGCCGCUGGGCGGACCGCCACCAGCCGCUCGCGCUGCGCGAGGCGCUUGCGGUGCUUGAGCAGGCCAGCAAGGCUGCGGGCGUGGCGCUGCCGGCGUGCCUGAGCCCUGGCAGCCCGGCUAAAGAGCAGCUGUACCGGCUGCGUCUCAUGCUGCGCUCCCUCAAGGAGUCUGCGUUGCGCCUGCGCGACCAGGACACCGUAUUGCUGCACACCAACUUGUUGCUGCAUGCCACUGAUUCGAGGACUGCGGAGCAGCGCCGGCGUGCCUGGGAUGAGGCGGCGGCGCUGCUGACGGCUGAUGACGUGGCAGGCGCAAGGGCCGCCACAGGCAGCGCCACAGGAGUCUCACCGUCCUUGGCGGCAACGUCAGGCACCAGCAAGCCCGGCAGCAAGGCCGGGCCAUUGGCAAGCGACGCCGCCUGGCUGGCUGCAAUGGAAGUGGCGGAGGCGGAGCUUAUCAGGGCCCGUGUGGUGGAGGCUGCCCACGCACUAUACGCCGGCAGCUCUGAGGCUGACUGCAUCAGGCGCACGGCGGUGCGCCUGCUGCUGCGCGGCCGGCCCUUGGCAGAGCCACGACUGCGGCUGGACGUGUUGACAGAGCUGGUGCGCCGAGCGCUGCGUGGCAGUGUGCCCGGGCUGCCGACACCUCCGGCCGCCGAAGGAGCGGCGGCGGCGCUUGAACUAGCGGAGCGCGUCGACAGCGGUGUCCUGCGGCGGGCGCUGAACCGGAGCGAGUUCAGCAUUCGACCUGUCGGCGGCGACGCGUUGAAGCUCGAGGCGGAUGCCGGGCAGAAGGUGAAUCGCGCUGGCGGCACGGGCGUCGCCGGCGGCAGUGGGGCGGCGGGUGUAGCAGCCUCAGAUUUUGGCGCGCCACUGCCGUCGCGCUUGCUUGUGGUGCUGCACCGGCGGCGGCUGCGCUUGCGGAUGCGAAUCAGGCAGCUGGUGGAGGCCGGCGGCAUGCUGGAGCUUGAGUCGUUGCUGCGGGCGGAAGCGGAAGCGGAAGGCGCGGGCGAAGUGGCAGGCACCGUAUGGGAACUGCUGGAGACCAUGCCCGAGGAGGAGAUGCAGCUGGCGCCGGCAGCUGCGGCUGCGGGCGCACCUUUGGGAGAUGCGGCGGCAACGGCGGCGGCAGCGAAUGGCUGUAUGGGUGUAGCGGCGGCGCAGCAGGCGUUGGUACACCCGGUUGGUGCGGAUGGCGUUGGUGGGGAGCCCACUGCUGUGGCGGAGCCUGCGUCCGUGUCGGCGUCCGACGGCCCUAGGGCUGCGCCACAACCGCAGCUUGCAGCCACCGGCGACAGUGCAGUUCCCACCGCUCGGCCACUGCUGCCAGCGUUGCCAGCUGUUGCAGCCAAGGCCACUACAGCUGUGGCGGAUGCGGCUACGUGUGCCUGGGAGACUCUUGCCAGACACGCCUUCGGUGACUUGCCUCUGCUGACAGAGGGCGCAAGCCUGCCCGAGGCUUUCCACGUGGCUGCGACGAUUGCGGGAGCCCAGCCGCCGGGGGCGUGGCAGGAGGUGUGCACGCGGCCAGGCGCCGGCCGAGCAGGCAGCUACGACACCGGCAACAGCGGCAGCGGUGCGGUGCGGCGCGCGCCGUUGGCCGCGCUACUGCCGGCACUGCGCGAGGCUGUGGGGGUUACUCGGCAGUCGGAGGAGGCGGAAGUCGCGGAGCAGCUGCGGGGCGUUGCGGCGGAGCGCGGCGGCGGCUACGAUGGCGUAUUUGAGCUGCAGCCGGCAGCAGCGCCGGGCGGCGGCGCGGGCGCAGGUGCGGGCGCCGUGGAGCCGGGGGCGCCGGGCGGGGAGGCUUCGCCAGGGCAGGAGCGGCAGGAGCGUCAGGAACAGCUGUGGGUCACCCUGCGCGCGGCCCGCCUGGCGGCAGCGGCGCUGGCGCGACUGGAGGCCGCGCGGCGCGCGUGCGAGGUGCAGCGGCUGCAGGCCCUGCCAGCGGCGGCCUACGUGGACCCUCGGGAUGGGGACGUGCCCGAGUCAAAUCCCGCUGCUCGGCUCUGCUACUUCGCCGCUAACUUCCUCCUGGACUAUGACAGCCCGGACUAUGGCCGCGGGGCCUGCCUGCUGCCGGAGCUGCUGCGAGUCAUCAAGUACGCGAGCAGCGAGUCUGGGCUGCAGGUGGCACCAGCCGGGCUGAACGCCAAGACGCUGAAGUCGCUGCUGCUACAGCCCGGGAGCGGCUGUAGCAGCGAGGCCGCUGAAGGCAGCAGCGGCAACAGUGGGAGUGGCAGCGGUACCGAUGGUGCAGGGCCAGGCAUCUUUGAGCUGGUCUCGGUGCCGCGUCCUGCCGCCGCGGCUGGCGCCGGUGGCGGCGGCAGUCGGUUAGAGCUGCACCUGGUGCGGUUGAACCUGCGCGCGCUUGGGGAGGCGGCAGAGGCUGCUGCCGAUGCGGUGGCUGCAUCGUGCACGGCGGAUGUUGUCACGCGCCUGGAAGACAACGGAAUGCAGGAGGCAUGGAUUCGUGACCUUCGGCCUAUAUUCUUGGGACCGCACGACAGCAGCAGCAGCAGUACUCACCAGCUGCUGCAGCUGCAGUUUGCGGCGACGCUCGCCGCCGCCAGCGAAGCUGUUGCCCAGAUCUUUCCCUUGUGGCCGUCCAUGUCACCCCGUGUGCCAUUUGGCACCGCUCUGCGGCUGGUGCGGCGUAGGCUGCUGAGCAGCCCCGACACACAGCAGAGCGAGUGUUGUGCUGAGCUGCAGCGGCUGGUGGAUGCGGGUGCGAGUGUGGGUGCGGAUGGGAGUGAGUUGCAGCGUGUGCUGACGGCGCCGGUGGCCCUGGCUGGAGGCUCAGGGGAGGUGCAGCUUUUCCGGCUGCGCCAGGCGCGCUCCAACGCCAUCACCAAUGCCAGUGCCAGUGCCAAUGCCAGUGCCAGCACCAGUGCCAGCACCAGCGCCAGCGCCAGCGCCAGCACCGGUGUGGGUGCAAGAGUGGGCCGUCCUGGCGUUGCGGGUGCAGGUGCAGGCGCAGGGGGCGCGGCCAAGGGCCAGGAGCAGGAGGAGGAUGGCUUGCUGUUGGUGCUGGACCGCGGCGCACUGGUGCAGCUGGCGGCUGCGGCGAUGCGGGCCGAGGUACUGGCUGCCGCGGCCACACUUGGCGUGAGCGAGGCUGCGGGAGUGGGCAGGGCCACGGACCAGGCGCAGUUGCGACCAGCUACACCGGGGGGUGCAGAGGGCAGCGCGGACGACGAGGCUGGCGCCGGAGCAGCUCAGGCCGCGGCUGCGGACACCACAUCGCAGGCAUUGCCCGCAGCAGAGCAACAGGGCCGGACCCGAGCUGCCAGCUCCGCCAUUGCCGUUGCGGCUGAGGGGAGCGAGAUGCCGCUGGGACCUGCACAUGCGCACCGCGUCAGCCGGCAGCCCUGCCAAGUCGCCUCGCCUUUGCCCAUCCCCGUGCCUAUCCCCGAGCCCACUCCGGAGCCCGCCUCAGUGGCAGCUUUGGAGGCCGCAGCGCCACCCGGUGUACCUGCGCCUCCGGCUGCGCCAGCGGCGUCUGCCGCUGGCGCAAGUGUUCCCCUCGCUGUCAGCGCGUCAGCAGCCACAGCCUCCGCCUCAGGCGGUGCGUUCGCGCUGUCAACAGCGCCCCAACGCCAGGACGCGGCAACGGCUACGGAUGAGGAGUUGGCCGCUGGCAACGCCUGCAGCGCGAGCAGCGAGAUGGUGCUGUCGGCGCCGCUGCCGGCGGCGGCCGUGUGCGUCAUCACGGACCUGCACGGCCCCGACAUGCACCGCAUGCUGCGGCACUGCGCCGCCAGCCGCCACGUGGGUCUGGCUGUCCUGGCCAGCGGCGGCUGCUGCCGUAGCGGCGGCGGCAGUAGCAGCGGCAAUAGCAGCGCAGCAGGAGACAGUAGCGCUGGCGACAGCGGGCUCCUCCGCGCCGUCGCGUUGUACGCACCGGCUGCUGCAGGUGUGGCUGCGUCAGUCCCGGCAGAGGCCACGGUGUAUGUUGUGGAUAUCUGCGCCUGUGCAACACGCCAAGGGGCCAGUGCCGCGAGCGGGGCGACACCUACAACAGCAGCAGGGCAACGUGCUGCGGCGGUGGGCUCUCUGCUGGGCAGCCUGCGGGGGCUGCUGGAGGACCCGGCGGUGGCCAAGGUGGUGCACGGCUGCGAGCAGGUGCGGGCACUGGAGGUCGCAGCCGCAGGUGUGCCGGCCAAGAGCGGCAGCGGCAUGCGGCUUAGCGUGGAGGGGCUGCGUGACACGCGGCCUGUGCUGGAGGCUGUGGCUCGCAUGUGUGGCACCUGGGCGGUGCCGCACGGCCCGGGCCUUUUAGUGACUGCGGGCUCCAAGGACGCCGCGGAGCCGGUGUCGCGGCUGCGAGGCGUCCUGGGCGGUGCCGGCCUGUGGCGGGACCGGCCCGAGCUGUGGGUUGCGCUGGAUACACAGGCAGCGUGGGAUUGGCAGAGUCCUGAGCAGGAUGAGGCCGCUGCUGCUGCGCCCGGGCCGGCGGCAAUGGCAGUGGAUGUGGCUGCGGCCGCUGCUGCGGCGCGGCACCUACCUGAAGCAUGGGAGGCGCUGGUGGCCGAGGCGUUCCCCUGGGCUGCACUGCACGCACCGAUCUGCGAGAUGCAAAAGCAUAGAUGGGUUUGAUAAAUGGUGUGAAGGAAGCGUGGGGAUCGCAUGCAGACAUGUUGUGUCGUCUGGAAUCUAGCCACGUGACAUUGAAAGGUCUUUGUGGUGAAUUGUGUGACAUAGGCUGACGGGUUCUGGCGGGUCCAUGUGAUCGGAAGGAGGGGCGGUCUUAGCCACUCACAGUACCGAGAGACAUGAACACGCAGGUGUGGGGAAGCGGAGCUGGCCAAUGCCCCAAGUUGGGAAAGUAGCUAGGCACAGGCCCUGGGAGUCCUCUGAUGUGAAGGCGCUGUACUGCUGUAUGGGUUUGGAGUCAACGGGGAUAAGCAGAGUACUGAGCUGGAUUGCAGCAUACGGUAACAAGGCGCCCGAAUGGCUGUAUACCAGGCAGGAGUAACGGUGCCAGGCAGCAGCUGGGUUGGGGCUUUAUGACGAGAGUGGACAUGACGGCCAUGGCAGCAACGGUAGUUUGCUUUGGCUUGGGUUAAAGAGGCAGCGGUAUCUGUGAGUGCGGGUGAGUGUGAUGUACCAACUACCAAGCCAGCAAGAGUGCCGCAAGCAGCACAUGCGUCAAUUGCCCAGGCAUACUUCCGCACUACCAUAUGUGAGCGAGGGGAAGUGGCCCAGGUCCUUAGCACGUUGCGAGCGGCAAGACGACCCGCUGCAGCCUCGCGCGUACUUUUAGACCCCACUGUUCUCCACUCUCCGUCUGUGCUUGCCCGUGACACCGCUCCCUCACGGGCACCCCCCCCCCUCCCGGCUCUUUAAUAGGCUCCGAGGGCGUUGAGGUCCCCCCGGAUCGCCCACUGCCACGCCGUGUCAACCACGUACUUGCA